UCAGUGUGGCGUGCUGUUUAAGAUCAGAGUGGAUUUAAACAGUAGUUUCGUAGUCCUUGCGGCUCUGUUCAAAAUGCCACACAAGCGUAAAUCCCGAAUUAAUGUGAGCCAAAGAAACUCCGCCACACGACGGGUCCAAUUGGACCACCCGUCUACAGCGCCCCCGCAUGUAUUCGUCGAGUCCUGCCUUCUGAUGGACGAGGAAAUCCCGACACCGGACAGCCCCAAGGCCAAAAAUGGCGGUUUGACGUCCAGGAGACCCUUCUCGGUCCACAAAUUUGCCGUGCCCCAGUACAAUAGCACCGUACGCAAGCAGGACGAGAUUAACGUCAUUACCCAGUUGCAGACAGACACAAAUCUUUCGCCAGGAGCUGCGGCAGCCAUAGCACCAAAGGUCACCCAGAAGAUGAACUUUCCGCCGGAUAAGACUGUUUUCAGUGGUUUAGUGCCCCUAAACGUCAAUGACUCCGUGCUGGUACCCCACAAAGUCAAGCGGAACACCUCAAAGGACAGCCGGUCCAAGGAAACUGAUGCAAGCAAGGUAAACGAGCCCCAGCUGGCCGAUUAUGCCGAGAAGGUCGAUCCCAUUGUCAUGGCUAUUCCGGAACCACGGCUCCGAUUGGAUUACACACAGGAACCUUUCGAUUUCCUCGGCGCUUACAGAAAGAUCUACUAUUAGAGUUACAUUUUAUUAUAAAUAUAUCCGAGUCGCACAGUA